AUGGUUAUUCAAGCUCUUCCAACUUACGCUAUGAAUGUUUUUCUACUUCCCUUGUCAAUUUGUAAGGAUGUGGAGAGAAUGAUGAGUCGAUUUUGCUGGAACACUUUUGAAAAUAGGAGGAAAGGUAUUAGCUGGAUGAGUUGGGUUCGACAUAGUUCUCAUAAAACUAAUGGAGAAAUGGGUUUCAGGCAUUUGAGGGAUUUUAAUUUGGCUUUGUUAGGUAAGCAAGGUUGGCGCUUAUUGACAAAUGAAAAUGGGUUGGUUGGACAGAUUUUCAAGGCAAGAUACUACCCUCGGGGUACAUAUUUGAGUGCGGAAUUGAGAACUAAUCCUAGCUUUAUUUGGCGGAGUAUAUGGGAAGCUCAAGAGUUGGUUAAGAAAGGAGUUCAGAGAAGUGUGGGUUCAGGAUUAAAGAUUGAUAUUCUUAAAGAUUCGUGGCUCCUAAAUGAUGAUAAUCUGUUUGUAGUAUCCAAUCAUCCUGGUCUAGUUAACAAGAAAGUGGCAAGUCUUUUAUGCCCAGGGCAACGUGAGUGGGAUGAAGAGGUGCUGAAUGACAUGGUUGGAGAUAAGGAUAAAGACUUAAUUAUGAGUAUCCCUCUGAGUAGUGUGCGGGAUGAUGAUUUGUGGCAAUGGGCAAAGGAGAUUUCAGUUGUGUGGCAUGGGACCAUGAAGGUAAGCUAUUGGAAGCUCUUGUUUGUCAUAUGCAUGGAAUGGUUUGAAGGAAGCAUUGAGCUGGAUAAAAAGAAAGGGAUGGUGUAA